CCCAGUUUGUUACCAAGCAGCAUCUAAAUACAAAAUCCUAUUUGCCAUCAUCAUCCAAUCGGCUAUGCAACGGAAUAUAAAGCAGACACCCACACUCUCCCUCAGCUGAAUGGGGCUUGGGUUGGGCACUUGCAUAGGUAGUCAAUAAUAACUCGCCAAUAGUAGCCGCCGCCGCCACUGCCUCCUCGUCCUCGUCCUCACUCGCUCAUCGACGACGGCGUGGCUAAGGUGUCUAAUAACACAUUUCCAUGUCAUAUUCCAUUUGGCCUCUCAGGGAUUCGAAUCAUCAACGUUCUUGUGUUUGUUCGAGAGAGAAAAAGAAAGAGGCUGAACUUGCAAGCAGUCCAUCGUCCGUGAAAGACGCGAGCCGACUCAGAAUUCACCAUGGGUGGCUCGGCCUUUUCUUCCAAGGGCAUCGCUCUGCACGUUCCGCGCAUGCCUCCCAUCGUCUACAGCCAAGUGAAAGCUGCCUGUCAUGCCCGCCUGCGAGACCUGUUCGUCUAUGUUGCCACGCCCAUUGAGGGGCCCGAAAAGAAGGAUCACGGCGAUAUCGAUGUUCUUGUGGCCCUAGAGAGGCCUGUGGUUUUUCCGUCAACGACAGAUGGCGCAAGAAUCCAGAGGCCCCCGCGUGACAUGAUGGCUGUCGUCGAGAAGAGCUUGGGCGCCGAGCAUUCCAUUAUUGAUCCUGCUGGUGGGUCUGCAAACCUCGCUAUUCCCUGGCCUUCCAAACCAGACAGUGGCACGGAAAACAUACAUUCCGGCCAAGAGAAGGACGAAGACGAGGACGAGGACACGAAGGCAGCAUAUGUGCAAAUCGACAUUCGCAUCUGCAGGGACGUAGACCACUUAUGCUGGUGCCUCUUCAAACAUGCCCACGGAGAUAUUUGGAAUCUGCUCGGAAGCACCAUCCGGUCGUUUGGCCUUACCGUCGACGAAGAUGCUUUAUGGCUCCGAAUUCCCGAGAUCGAGAAAAUCGACCGCAAACAGGCCAAGGUCCAGCUGAGCAGAGACCCCGCCGAGAUACUCCACUUUCUCGGCAUGAAGGUCGAAGGUUUUUGGGCGGAGCCGUUUGACUCUGUCGAGGCCUUGUUCGCGUAUGUUACCACGUGCCGCCUAUUCUCGGUUCGUGACGAAUCAGAUGCCAAUGGGGAGCCGGGCGAUGAGACAACCAGCGCUGGGGUUAUUGGCGGGGACGAGGGCCGAAAGAAACUCAAAGCCAAUGACCGCCGCCGCCGGCGAAUGAAUGGCCGUCCGAUCUACCGGCGGUGGAUUAAUGAAUUCAUCCCCCAGCUGAGCGCCGAGGGGCGUUUUGCUCCCGAGGGCCUGGCCAGGAACUUGCAGGAGGCGCGGUCGACGGUUCGGGAUGAAGCUUUUGCGAGCUUUUUUGUCCGUGGAGAAUACACUAGGCGACUGAGAGACUGGGAAGUGAAGAAGUCGGCCGACGAAGUAAAGAAACUGAUCAAGACCUUGAUUCCGGACGACCUGGACCAUCAGUACAGGUCAUGCCUGGUCAGCGCCAUGCGCAAGAUCGUUAUGGCAGAUAGUUACGACUUCGGCGACAUUGCCCCCUCUGUUCCAUUCCAAGACAGCGAGAGGAUUUACAACUUGGCGGCCGUGCGCCUGUUUGUUGAGCAUCGCUGGAAAGAGCUCGGCCGAAUGGCGUGGUCCAGACAGAUGGAAAAGGCACACCAGAACAUGCUACUGAAAAAACAAGGGAGACUGGCCGCGCAAAACCACAGAAGUCUUGGAGAUUAGAGUGUAGAACGGAGACGUGAGGCUAGAAGGAAGAGGGAAGAAAAAAACCUUAGCAUCAGUGAUACCUUAUCUAGGUAUCACUUCUAGGUACUACAGGCGAGGGCUCGCUCGAGAGAGCAUAGGCCCUAUACAUAACAUAUGUACCCGGUAGUAUUCAUAACCUUUGACGGAAUAAACUCGGCUAUGGUUGUCAUCUAGU